UACCUUUAUUGUACGAAGUAUGCCAUCUGAUUCAAGGAAAGAACAGAAAAGAAAAAGGAAGAACAGAAACUUAUAGUUUGUGUUUCCCAAUACCCUCUUAAAGCCUCUCUCUCAUUCUCUCAUGUAAUCUUAAUGGUUAUCUUCGCAGGGCCCUAAUUAUCCCAGUAAACACCAUGCCAUUGCCAGGUAAUCAGGAACUGAUGAUGCACAAAGCUGAGAAGAAAUAUGAAGUGGGUAAAGUGGCGGAUGAGGAACAGGCAAAGCAAAGGCAAAUAAGAGCUAUUUUAAACAAACUUACUCCAACGAACUUUGAGAAACUUUUUGAGCAAGGGAAAGCACUUAACAUUGACAAUGCUGCCACUCUAACUGGUGUCAUCUCACAGAUAUUUGACAGAGCUUUAAUGGAGCCUACUUACUGUGAGAUGUAUGUAACUUUCUGUUGUCAUCUGGCUAUGAAGUUUCCUGAUUUCAAUGAAGACAAUGAAAAGAUAACUUUUAAGAGAGUGCUUCUGAACAAGUGCCAGGAGGAAUUUGAGAGGGGGGAAAGAGAGCAAGAAGAAGAAGCUAAUAAAGCUGAUGAAGAGGGUCAGAUCAAACAGUCUGCAGAGGAAAGAGAAGAGAGUUAAGGCUAGAAGAAGAAUGUUGGGUAACAUUAGAUUAAUUGGGGAGUUGUACAAGAAGAAAAUGUUGACUGAACGAAUAAUGCACGCAUGCAUACAGAAAUUUCUGGGUCAGUAUCAGGAUCCUGAUGCAGAAGAUGUUGAAGCUUUGUGCAAAUUGAUGAGUACUAUUGGAGAGAUGAUCGACCAUGAAAAAGCUAAGGAGCAUAUGGAUAUAUAUUUUGAGAGAAUGAAGACAUUAUCCAAUAAUAUGUAUUUAUCUUCUAGGGUCAGGUUCAUGUUGAAGGAUGCAAUUGAUUUGAGAAAGAAUAAAUGGCAGCAGAGGAGAAAAGUUGAAGGGCCGAAAAAGAUUGAGGAAGUGCACAGAGAUGCUGCUCAAGAACAACAGGCGCAAGUUAGCGGGUUGGGUCAUGCUUCAAGCAUAAGCCAGUCAGCAAGAGGCGCACCUAUGGAUUUUGGUUCAAGAGGAUCAACGAUGCUGUCUUCCCCAAACGCUCAAAUGGAUGGUUACCGUGGAGUACCGCCUACACAGGAUGUUCGGUCGGAAGAAAUACUGUCUUAUGAGGCUGGUAAUCAGGAACUGAUGAUGCACAAAGCUGAGCAGAAAUAUGAAGUGGGUAAAGUGGUGGAUGAGGAACAGGCAAAGCAAAGGCAAAUAAGAGCUAUUUUAAACAAACUUACUCCAACGAACUUUGAGAAACUUUUUGAGCAAGGGAAAGCAGUUAACAUUGACAAUGCUGCCACUCUAACAGGUGUCAUCUCACAGAUAUUUGACAGAGCUUUAAUGGAGCCUACUUACUGUGAGAUGUAUGUAACUUUCUGUUGUCAUCUGGCCAUGGAGUUUCCUGAUUUCAAUGAAGACAAUGAAAAGAUAACUUUUAAGAGAGUGCUUCUGAACAAGUGCCAGGAGGAAUUUGAGAGGGGGGAAAGAGAGCAAGAAGAAGAAGCUAAUAAAGCUGAUGAAGAGGGUCAGAUCAAACAGUCUGCAGAGGAAAGAGAAGAGAAGAGAGUUAAGGCUAGAAGAAGAAUGUUGGGUAACAUUAGAUUAAUUGGGGAGUUGUACAAGAAGAAAAUGUUGACUGAACGAAUAAUGCACGCAUGCAUACAGAAAUUUCUGGGUCAGUAUCAGGAUCCUGAUGCAGAAGAUGUUGAAGCUUUGUGCAAAUUGAUGAGUACUAUUGGAGAGAUGAUCGACCAUGAAAAAGCUAAGGAGCUUAUGGAUAUAUAUUUUGAGAGAAUGAAGACAUUAUCCAAUAAUAUGUAUUUAUCUUCUAGGGUCAGGUUCAUGUUGAAGGAUGCAAUUGAUUUGAGAAAGAAUAAAUGGCAGCAGAGGAGAAAAGUUGAAGGGCCGAAAAAGAUUGAGGAAGUGCACAGAGAUGCUGCUCAAGAACAACAGGCGCAAGUUAGCGGGUUGGGUCAUGCUUCAAGCAUAAGCCAGUCAGCAAGAGGCGCACCUAUGGAUUUUGGUUCAAGAGGAUCAAUGGCGCUGUCUUCCCCAAACGCUCAAAUGGAUGGUUACCGUGGAGUACCGCCUACUCUGGAUGUUUGGUCGGAAGAAAUACUGUCUUAUGAGGCUGGUAAUUUGGAACUCAUGAUCAAAGAUCUAACCUUGACCAACCAGUUAUUACUGAGAAAAUUCGAGCAGUGGCAAUGGUGGUUUUUGGUGGCACUAAACAUUUUCUUCCUCACUGUGGGCCAAUCUGCUGUUGUUCUUAUUGGGAGAUUUUAUUAUGUCCAGGGCGGAAAUGGUAAAUGGAUGGCUACUCUUGUUCAAACUGCUGGCUUCCCAAUCCUUUUCAUCCCACUAUUUCUUACUCCUUCCUCUCAGCAACCUUCAACUUCUUUGGCCCUACCCUCUAUUAAAAUUCAUGCCUUGAUCUACUUCUCUCUUGGAGUUCUGAUAUCUGGUGACAACAUGAUGCAUUCUGUUGGACUCUUGUACCUUCCUGCCUCUACUUACUCCCUCAUAUGUGUAUCCCAAUUAGCUUUUAAUGCGGUUUUCUCUUACUUCAUCAAUUCUCAGAAGUUCACUGCUUCAAUUGUUAACUCUCUGGUUGUCCUCUCAUUAUCUGCUGCCCUGAUUGCAGUAAAUGAAGACUCUGAAGCACCAUCAGGAGUUUCUAGUUGGAAAUAUAUCACUUGCGUCCUUUGUACCCUAGGAGCUUCUGCACUUUCCUCUCUUUUGCUUUCCCUGAUGCAGCUUUCCUUCCAAAAGGUUCUAAGAAGGGAAACAUUUUCUGUGGUUUUGGAAAUGCAAAUCUAUACAUCUCUUGUUGCCACUUGUGUUUCUAUUGUGGGUCUUUUUGCAAGUGGGGAGUGGAAGAGUUUGCAUGGGGAAAUGGAGGGUUUUGGUGCAGGAAGAGUUUCUUAUGUAAUGACUUUGGUGUGGACUGCUGUGGCUUGGCAGAUUUGUUCAGUUGGUGUUGUGGGCUUGAUUUUUAUGGUGUCAUCUCUCUUCUCCAAUGUUGUCAGUACUUCCUCUUUGGCUGUUACUCCUAUUGCUACUAUGGUACUUUUCCAUGACAAGAUGAAUGGCGUCAAGGUAAUUGCUAUGCUUUUGGCUAUCUGGGGUUUUGCAUCUUAUAAUUAUCAGAAUUAUCUUUAUGAUUCUGAGGCAAGUAAAACGCAAAAGGCAAGGAGAAAACAAAAGGAUGUUAGUACUACCAAUAUUCAAAAGAAGGGUUCAAUUCCUUCUCCUCAAACUCCAUUACUGAUGAUGCACAAAGCUGAGAAGAAGUAUGAAGUGGGUGAAGUGGCGGAUGAGGAAGAGGCAAAGCAAAGGCCAAUAAGAGCUAUUUUAAACAAACUCACUCCAACGAACUUUGAGAAACUUAUUGUGCAAGUGAAAGCAAUUAACAUUGACAAUGCUGCCACUCUAACUAGUUUCGUCUCACAGAUCUUUGACAGAGCUUUAAUGGAGCCUAUUUACUGUGAGAUGUAUGUAAAUUUUUGUUGUCAUUUGGCCGGGGAGUUGCCUGAUUUCAAUGAAGAUAAUGAAAAGUUGACUUUCAAGAGAGUUCUUUUGAACAAGUGCCAGGAGGAAUUUGAGAGGGGGGAAAGAGAGCAAGAAGAAGCUAAUAAAGCUGAGGAAGAGGGUGAGAUCAAACAGUCUGCAGAGCAAAGAGAAGAGAAGAGAGUUAAGGCUAGAAGAAGAAUGUUGGGUAACAUUAGAUUAAUUGGGGAGUUGUACAAGAAGAAAGUAUUGACUGAACGAAUAAUGCACGCAUGCAUACAGAAAUUGUUGGGUCAGUAUCAGGAACCUGAUGAAGAAGAUCUUGAAGCUUUGUGCAAAUUGAUGAGUACUAUUGGGGAGAUGAUCGACCAUCAAAAAUAUAAGGACCAUAUGGAUGCAUAUUUUGAUAGAAUGAAGGCAUUAUCCAAUAAUAUGAAUUUAUCUUCUAGGGUCAGGUUCAUGUUGAAGGAUGCAAAUGAUUUGAGAAAGAAUAAAUGGCAGCAGAGGAGAAAAGUUGAAGGGCCAAAUUUUAUUUCAGAUGUCCACACAGAUGCUUCUACUACUCCUGGACCUCAAGGUGGUCUUGGGAGAGGACCACCGGCAAUUUCUAGUGCUCCUGUGGCUGAUAUGCCUUCUAAAACUCUACAUUAGGUGUUUUGUGCAAGUAACAGAAAUAUCCUAAUCCUAUUGCACUGGCAAUGAGUAAUUGUAUGUACAAUGAAAAUGAUAUUUUGCCUCUAAAUUUGGUGCUAAAUCGAGACAGUGAGUGAGAUUUGUGCUUAA